CGUUCGGUCAGCGGUCUCCGAAUUCAAGAUGGCGGACGCAACGUAAAUGGCACGUUGUUCAGGCUAUGGACGAUUCUACAGUAGAAUAUCGAGUCUAUAUACGAGAUAUACUCACUUCAGGCACAGGACAGCUGGAAACCGUGCUGGAGAGUCGCCUGGUUGAGUAUCUUGCCUUCUUUAGCCCUCUGAUUGGUGACUACAUUUGGCAAAACCAGGCAUUCAAUUUGACAAGUGUUAAAAGUGAGAGUCCGCCAUGUCUGAUGGGUCGUGUAGACUUUGGUGAUAGCGUGGAUGAUGAAUGGUUUAUUGUCUAUCUACUCACUCAGCUGUCAAUAAAAUACCCUGACGUUUGUAUCAGUGUGCAUGAUAGUGAUGGUGAGUUCCUGUUGAUUGAAGCAGCUCAUGUGAUUCCAAAAUGGCUGAAACCAGAAAGUAGCAAGAAUAGGGUCUUCAUUCAGGGAGGGAAUGUCCACAUCAUUCCCCUCCCCUCCUCCCCUGGGGAAAUAACUAUAUUCCCAACAGGAUGGCCAACUCUCAUUAUAUCACUGCAACUGGUGUUUGGUCCUCAUGAAACAGCAGCUGCACAAGAGAUACAGCAGGCCAUUAAGCAACGGCUAGACAGGUUCCCUGAUGCAGUACAGGAGAUGUUCCACCAUGCCAAUUUGUAUGUUCCUCCUGGUGUUAAAUAUUUAUUGGAGAAGAAUCUGGCACUAGUUAGCCAAGCAGUAAAUGCCUUCUACCACAGGGACCCCAGAGAUAUGAAGGCCUGCAGACAGAUGAAGUAUUUCCCGCCUGACCAGACUGUGAGGACAAGGGUUCGUUUCACCAAAUGCUUGUAUGCCCAGCUAGCGCAAAGACAGUUUUUACCUGACAGGGCAUCGUCAUGGAAACUGCCUCCAGCGUCACACCCUCACCAUGGCAACCAUGCCCUGGGCUAUAAACUGACUUGUGGAUUUGAGAUUCUCUGUUCCAAAGCAUCAUCCGAUUGUAAACAGGCGAUUCCAAGCGGGCCUCGGUGGGAGAGAUAUCUCAAUUGCUUGCUGAACCAGGGAUACUUCAAGGGUGAAGUGGACGGCUCCCAGGGGUAUAACAAACUGUUACAGAGCGCUCGGAUACACUUUCAAGAAAGCUGUGCUACCGACGAAUCGUUUGAUACCAACAAUUGGUCACGUGGUAGUAACAGUGACGUCGGAAGUACAAUCCUCGCAAUGCUUGAUGGGGCGGACAUUGAUGUGGAGCAAAUGAAACGGGAAGAGUCUCAACUACCCCCUGAAGACGAUGACUCGUGGCUUGAUGUUUCGCCUGAGCAGUUAGACGCGUUAUUGAUGAGCUACAGAAACACGCAGCAGACCGCUGACCCCGCAUCGUCCCAUCAGGAGGCUCAGGACACACAGAUAGAUGCGGGGUUUGACUUGGAUCACGUGACUCGUAGUAUGAACGCGUUUGUCGAGAACGUGUCGAGUUACGAGGGGGCUGAGUUCCCAAGUGAGACGGAGACGGACGAGGUUCGGCUUGACGCUGAUUCGUUUAUGGACACCAUGAGGCGGUUACUAGAAAGAGCCGAGGAAAUAAGAGACCCAAAAGGUAACCAAGGCAACGAAGAAGAGGACGACGACGAUGAGGAUGAUGACGACGACGAUGAUGAUGACGUUGACGAUGUUGAUACGGAUGUCGUGCAAUACAUGCAUGGAAUGGACGAAGAGUUAGAGGCCACCCACAUUGCCGAGAGUUUUCAAAAGGAGAAACCGAUAUCGCCUAAUUUUGACCAGCGUUCCUCUGUACCUGACGAAUGCUCGGCUGAUGACGUCACGUCUGACGACGGCCCUGUUGAUGUGGAUUUGAACCUAGUGCAGAACCUUCUGGAGUCGGUCGCAAGUCAGCAGGGGCUCGCUGGUCCUGCCUCGAACAUCUUGUCCUCGAUGGGCAUCCGACUGCCCGCCGACGAGACUUCGUAGCCUGAUGAAGAUACUUAUAUACUCAAUAGAUAUACCCGAUACUUCGUCGGGAAAUGGUUGAUUAAGUCAAUACUUCGUCGGGAAAUGGUUGAUGGAGUCUACUCGUAUGCGGGUCAUGAAGUAAUCGGUUUUACUUUGAAAUCUUGGGAAAAGCGUUGGUUCAUGUACGAGUGGAUAGAGUUGGUAGAAACAAGCAUGGAAACCCUUGAAUUAUUAGAGCUUGUAUAAUAGGAAGUCAAUAUGCGGUAGAUAAGAGUCGAUAAGAACUCGGUUACUGACGAUAGAGUCGACAAGAAAUCGGUCACUGACGAUAAGAGUCAUUAUUCCUUUAUACAAUUCACAAGUUACCAUGGGCAAACCCGACCAAAUGUUCGUGUAUCGAACAUUAUCUUUAAUUUGUGUACCGAAUAUAUCUGUAAUAAAGCCAAUUUAUUUA